AUGCAGGCUCAUCACGCCAUGCCCGAUUUCCGCUGUCGCAUCACCUGCUCGCACAGAGAAUGCCAGCGCCACGCCCACCUCGGCGUUGUCGAUCAACAUGAACAAUGCAAGUGCCUCGGCGAGGUGAACGCCUCAUCCAUCUUCCUCGAGAAUGUCCUGGACAUGGCCAACACAUUGGCACAAAUCAUGAUCAUCUGCGGCAUACACGAAUGCAAGGCCAAGUCGACGGUCGAUGUGGCAACAUGCGCCUUCCUGCACUACGACCAGGUUUGCUGCUGCAUCGAUACCACACCCAAGAAGCGGCUGCGCAAAGAGGAUCUCUUCCACGAGCUAGGCAAGCGGUGCUUGAUGAAUCGUGUGGAGGCGCAUCUCGCCUACAUGAUUAUAAAGCGCGGCUUCAAAGCUUUCUACUACAAACCAAUCGACGAUGGCCGGGCGACUUUCUCAGAGGAAUGCGUUUAUGUGCAUGCCGCGCGCAAGACGGCCGAGAGUUAUGCACGCUACGAUGGGCUGUCGUGCGUGGAACAGCGCGGCUUUGAGGCGAAAAUUAAAGUGGCUUACAAGAACUUCUACGAUCGAAUGGUGAGACGUAGAACUCAACCGGAGGGCGAGAAUUGCAAUUGCUGCUUCUGUGCCAAGAAACGUGGCCACCUAAUCUAUGGCAAGAAGCCACCAUGCGAGACGCCCAAGAAGAAGGAAGCGCACCGCUGCCCGUAUUGCUGCCAGGAAAAACGUAGAAAGUUAAUGCAUCCGGGCCGCGCUGGUAUGAAGUGUCCUAAAUGCCAUCGCGCGAUGACCUAUUGCGUAUGUCCGAAAUAUGAGUUCGGGCUGGAUUGGGUGAAGAGCAUCUGGGCACGACCCGAUAUGGAACUGUACUACAAGGAGACAAUUGAGGAGCGUUCAAUGGCAAAGAGUGGCUGUGAAACAGAAAUACCGGAACCAGAGGUGAAAGAAAAAGCGGAAGAGGAGGCCGAAGGAGAGGAGGCCGAGGGAGAGGAGGGCAACGAGUAUCUGAGUCCAGAUGACCAGCCUGCUGAUGCAGAUAUUGAUAUGCCCGUCGACGAGGAAGAGGAAGGCGAAUAG